AUGGAAACUUAGCCAUAAUUAAAAUAAUUUUCUUAUGAGCUUUAGCCUUCAAAUUAGAUCAAAAAAAAUAUAAAUUGCCAGGCAAUAGCAAUAAAUAAGCAAAACAAAUUUGUAAUAGUUACUUCUGAUUCAAAAAUUUUAGUGAUAUUCUUUAAGAAUGGACAGCUCAAAAAGUUGGCUACAAUAAUAAAGCAUAAGAAAGACGUUUCAACUCUAAAUUUCUUUAAUUAUAAUUCAAAUUUUGUGUCAGGGUCAUAGUCGGUGAUAAUUUGGCCACUUUCCCUAAUUUCAAAUCAAAAAUACAUAUAGAAAAUUUCAGGCCAUGCUAAAAUGAUCUAAUGCUUAGCUCUUCAUCCUAGUGAGUUUCUUAUUGUUAGUGGUUCAUCUGACGCCACAAUACAAUUUUGGUUCAAUUAUGAACAACAGUUGAACAAUUAAAAAAUAACUGAUCAUAAAGAUUCAGUAUUUGGAUUGGCAAUAAAUAAAGAAGGAAAUAGAAUAGUAUCUUGUGGAAAGGAUAAAUUAAUUUUGAUAAUUGAAAAAAGUAAUAGCCAUCAUCCCUUUUGGUAAGUUCGAUAAACUAUAACAUCUAAUGAAUUUGGAUAUCGAAUUUGUUUUAUUAACGAUAAUGCAAUUGCUUUUCAGCCUAUUUCUUAUUAUAAAGGGUAUAAUAAUGGAACAGAUCAUUUGCACAUUUAUACUCCUGACGAAGAUUAAAUUUACACCAAGUCAAAAGAAAUUAUGGUGGCAGGAGGAGGAUAAAUAUGCCACUACUAUUUUCCAUCCAUUUAUAAUUCAAAUAAAGAAAUUUUAUUAGUCAAAAAUGGUUAUAUGGUAAGUUUAUUAAGAAUAAAUGAUCAAUUCAAAGGGAAAAAUUAAUAUAUUUUUUUCAAUUGUUUAAAAUUCUAUAAAGGUUUGAUUAUUGGAACUUUGAGUGAAGAUGGAGAGUAUUUUAUCACAUGGGAUGCUAAGUCAAAAGAGAUUCAAAUAAGAAAAUAUCAGGAGACAGAAUGA